AUGGGAAAUCGGUCUGGAACUUCGCGUUCAAAAGCGCGUGAAAACAAAUACAAAUAUCCAGAUACAUAUCCUCCUAAUUCUGCGAUACAAAAACAAGUGGCGGGAUCGACAAAUCCACGAUCCUAUCCUUCACAAAUCAACGGCUAUUCCCAACAUUCUGCUCAGCAGUAUCACAACGGAUAUGUCGGACAUUCGACCGUAGCGAAUGGACCAAUUCAGUAUGUGACAAAUUCCACACCACAACAAUAUCAGCAACAUAAUCAUUCUCAUCAUAUGAAUACGAAUCCAAAAUCGAAUGGAAACAAAAUAAUUUACGUUGCUAAUUAUGAUUUCAAUGGAUCGUCAACGACAGGUGAAUUAAGUUUUGUAAAAGGUGAUAAGCUAGAAAUUCUCGAUCGAUAUACGUAUAAUGAUUGGUGGCAAGCAAAAAAUCAGCGAACUAAACAAAUGGGUUAUGUUCCAGCAAAUUAUAUAUCACCAUUAAAUGAUUUAACAGCAUAUGAAUGGUAUUUCACAGAAACCAAUCGUCGAGAUGCAGAACGUUUUCUCGAACAGCCACAUAAUGGCAAAGGAACAUUUUUAAUCCGACCAUCGGAUACAAAUCAAGGACAGGAGUCAUUAUCGGUUUUGGAUUUAAGCAAAGACAAACAUUUUCAUGUGAAACAUUAUCGAAUACGUCGAACAAAUCAAGGAAUGUACUAUAUUAGUAGUAAAACAUUAUUCCCAAAUCUACAAGAACUUGUCGAUCAUUACCGAGAUAAUGUUGAUGGUUUAUGUUGUUUACUAACGGGUCCUUGUCGAAAAACUGAACCAACUGUUCCUGCAGAUCGACAUGGUUUAUUAGAAUUAGAUCGUUCUCAACUUUCACGAACGGAUCUACUCGGUCGAGGAAAUUAUGGUGAAGUUUACAAAGGCAAAUAUGGUCAACGAGAUGUGGCUAUCAAAUAUAUGAAGACUGAUAAUAAAAAUCGAAUUUACAACGUGGAUAAAUUUCUUGACGAAGCCAAAAUAAUGAAAGACCUUUUACAUAAAAAUAUCGUACGAUUAUAUGGAGUUUGUACACAAGUGGAGCCUAUUUUCAUUGUUACUGAAUUUAUGGCUAAUGGUUGUCUACUGAAUUAUUUACGUGAUGGACAAGGCAAAAAUAUUAAAUUUAAAACAGUUCUAGAUUUUGCUGCUCAAAUUGCUAAUGGAAUGGCGUAUUUAGAACAAAAACGUUAUGUACAUUGUGAUCUAGCUGCUCGAAAUAUUCUUGUUGGUGAAUUAGAUUUAGUGAAAAUUGCUGAUUUUGGUUUGGCAAAAAUCCUUCAAGGUGGUCGCCUUCUAGUCGAUCGCGAGUCACAGUUUCCAAUUAAAUGGACCGCGCCCGAAGCAGCGACGAAAAAAGAAUAUACAACAAAAUCCGACGUAUGGAGUUUUGGCAUUCUUCUCUAUGAAUUAAUUACACAUGGUUCAAAUCCAUAUCCUGGUAUGUCAAAUAAUGAAGCAUUACAAGCAGUUCUAAGUGGAUACCGAAUGCCAAAACCCAAUGAUUGUCACGAACUUUACUAUCAGAUAAUGUCUUCAUGUUGGGAAGAGAAUCCAGAUAAUCGACCUACAUUUGAAACUCUCUACAUGCGUUUUGAUGAAUUCAUGAUUCAAGCUGAGCCAAACUAUCGAGAAACGUGA